CCUUACGGAGUCAAUGACCCCACGGUAGGUGCUUAUAUGAUUACCAUUGCACAGAGGAGAACUGAAGGACGACCAGCAACGGACGAGUGGCAUCAGAUAUCAAGCACCAUGUGGUUUGACCUGUUCCGUACCAACCGAGGUCUGGCACUGUACUCUCCCCAGUUCACGCCGGUGACCGGGGACAUAGAGUUACACGGGGUGGUCUCCCUUGGCGUCCUGCUGGUGACGGUGUUCGUGUUGGCGGCGGCUGGGAUAUCCUACGGGGAGCGGACGAACACUGCCUUGAAGGUUUUAUUUGGCAUCGGAGUCAUAACGUCAAUACUGGUCUGUUUGCAUGGGACGGGCUGGAAGGAAGCUUCUGUUAUAACACGGACAGAUUAUAGAGCAUACAGCAAGGACCAGGUCAAGGUCGCCAUUGGGAUCCACAUUGGACUGAAAUCUGUGAACAUCACACUGGUUGGAGAUCCGGUGAAGCAAAGAGGCGACACUAUCAAUUACAACGAGAGGAUUUUUUUGUACACAGGUGGGAAGGCGGAGUCGGCUUUAAAACCUACUUUCAAAGAUUUCCUCAAAAAAGGGAUGCCUCUUCCGAUUAUUUCCAUAGCCGAGUAUUUAGCCCUUGAUGGAGGCGGUCUGAGGAAGGGCAGAUAUGUACGAUUGGCUGGUUACUUUACGCGAAUAAUGCUGUGGGCGGCAUUUUCGCUGUGCAUUCUGUCCAUCUUGUUGUUCAGUUUCUGCCCCAGUCGGGGCGCAAUAGUGACCGUCCUUACGGGUCUCCUGCAGUGUGCAGCCAAUGGUGUGUACGCUCUCUUACAGCCAGACUCCGCCAUGGUUAUCAGCUUCAGGGACGCAGACCUUAAGAUAAGCAACGCAGAUUUUGGUUGGUGUUUUUGGCUGAAUCUUUUCACAGGCUUUGGGCUUUUCCUUGUGGGGAUCUUUGUGCUGAUUCUCUAUAGGUUAUCCCCUAGCAAAGUGAAUGGCUUCUUCGUCCUCUCUCCUCUGCGGCGUUUCAGAGCGCUUGACGAGCAUGCGCACUCUGACGAGCUACGUUCUGAAGGCGGUAGCCCGGAUGGCAGCCCAGGUAUACCAUUGGGAGUCGCUACUCCUGAGGUGUUCGGCACCGCUCUUCAACCUGUCCGUAGAAGACAUCAGAGUCGCCCCCAGGUCCCACAGGUUAUCAUCCACUGUCCGUCUCCGAGCCCGAAGGAAACUCAAGAACGAAUCGCCGAUAAUGUGGUGACCCGUCUACCGUCCACUGAAGAGGAGAAUACCGACUUGUAGAGGCGAAUUCAGAUUGUGCCUUUGUUUUCCCAUCACUUGACUUUGAUUGAAAAAUGGAAAUCUUAAGAGCGAGAAUAUGAAUUCAAUAAAUACGUUGUGUAUUAUGGUUUGGCAUACCUGACUUUAAUUCAAAUUAAAGCGUCAACCGUCCGCCCCCCUCCGCAAGUCUUUACUUCGUUCCAAAUCUUUUACUCUAGAAAUAUCCUCGAGAUUGUUUGUUUGAAGAAAUAUUUGUAUUUGAAAGAAUUUUUCGUUUUGAAUCAAUUACAUCUUAAAUAAAAAAACGUGAAUUUCAAA